AUGGAGACUCCAAGGCUCAGCCAUUCAUUGAGUGCUGCGACCUUCGACCGCACCGAUAUGGUUCCAUACCACGAAGGUCUUAACGUGCUUCCUCACGACUUUAUGUUCCACAGAAUAUUCUACCUGGCGAACAACCACGGAAACACCACUGCCGUUCAUGACCCAUACAGUGGAUACCAGAAAAGCUACCGCGAGUUGUUCCUCGAUAUCGUGCGCACCAAAAACCAUAUCAGGAAUCAUCUGACAGCCGAGUCGAUGCGGAUGCUGCGAGAUGAAGAGGAAGUCAGUAUGUUGAUAGUGUCAAGGGGCUAUGAGUUCACAGUGGCUUUCUUUGCGGUGUUGGCCCUGGGAGCCGUUGCAGUACCACAAAGCCCACACAUCUCGUCCAAAGAACUGCUCCAUGCUGCGGUGACAGCCCAGGCUCAUGCCACCAUCUGCUCACCUGAGCACGUGAAGCUGGCAAAUGGCAUCGCUGAGGAGACUGAAAUGCGCAAAGACUACCUGACCAUCAGCUUAGAGGGCUGCUUCAACGACGAUACUUCCAUUUUAUCCACCCAAUCCAUGGUCUUCAGCUCAAACAAACCCAUGGACCAAAGCAAGCCCGCCCUCGUCAUCUUCACUUCGGGAAGCACCGGUCCUCCUAAGGGAGUUGCAUACAGACGAUCCAAUCUGACUCUGAUCGCGUGUCAGCAGAUCUGGAAAAAUAGCAUCAAAGAGGGAUUUACCGUCUUGCAAACACUCCCCACACACCAUGGGACCGGCUUGAUCCUCAAUACGAUCCCCACCAUCAUGGGGGGUGGCUGUAUCGAAUUCACGCAUCCGAAGUUCGACGCCGGGAGGACGUGGGAGCGCAUCAGUCAAGGAGGCAUUACAAGUCUUUCAGCCGUCCCAACCAUUUUUGUGCGACUGCUCAAGUACUGGGACGAUACUCUGUCUAAGUGUGACGAAGGGGAGAGGAAAGUCUACCUUGAUGCGCUCUGCACCAUUGAGCAGUACCACUGUGGAUCGGCGGCGUUGCCAGUACACGCUGCUAAGAAGUGGAAGGAACUUACUGGACGACACAUUCUGGAGAGAUACGGCGGGACUGAGUUUGGAAAUCCAUUCUUGAAUCUUACGACGACGCCGUUUGGUUCAGUCGGCGUCAAAAAUCCAGGUGUGGAAACAUACCUUGAGCAUGGUGACCAUGGGGAGGUUUUUGUUCGAUCGCCAUUCAUGUUCUCGAAGUACAUCAAUGACAUCGAAGAUGCCAAAAAUGCUCUCACGCAGGAUGGCUACUUCAGAACCGGCGAUGAAGCGGAGAAAGUCAAUAAUAUGUACUUUCUCAAAUGUCGCAAAUCCGUAGACAUUAUCAAAAGCGGCGGGUACAAGAUCUCAGCACUUGAUAUCGAGCGAGCCAUCCUCGACCAUCCUAAAGUCGAGGAUGUCAUUGUCGUAGGACUUGACGACGACGACAUGGGUCAGCGCUUAGCCGCCGCAGUGGUCUUGAAAGAGGGACAAACCUCCCUCUCCUUACCAGAACUCAGACACGACCUCAAAGAUAAACUGUCCUACUACAAGCUUCCCACAGUUUUGAGGAUUGUGCCGGCAUUGGAGCAGACGGCGAGUUUCAAGGUCCCCAAAGCAUUGUUGAAGAAAACAUUGUUCGGGACAGAUCAAUCAGAAAUACAGAGUAUGCCGGGAAAGGGGGAGGCGAAGGCGAAGGCGAAGUUGUGA